AUGCAGGUCGUGGGGAAAUUUAGGGUUGGGAAAUAUUUUCCUAUUUUCGAUUUAAUUUACAGCGCCGUAAAGGCGAAAAGGGAGUUUGGGGACCCCAGUUCUCCUUCCCCGCUUUCCACCCCCCUCGACCCUAACCCGUUUUCCCCUAUGAGUGGGAUGGGCGCUGGAUCCUGCCAAUCGGCACAGGGUCGCCGUCUGCCCCCUGCCACCCCCCUUCCCACUCAGUCCCUUUCCUUGCCCGGGACUGGCCACCCCGGACAGGGCUCAUCCCGUCGCCCUGCACCUAAACCCCCUGUUCCCAGUUUAGAUCCCAGUUCAUUCGUUAACUCUCAAAAUGGCGCUCGCCACGUGGCGGGAGAUAAAAAUCAUAGAGACGGGACACGAAAUGGCGGCUCCUCCCACUCCCCCCCUCCGGGUGCCCAUCAACCGUCGGGUUCUGCCCUUCCGUCGUGUCCCCUCCCACCUAUACCGUCGAUUACGUCAGCGUCGGGACCCUCCCUUCCCUCCUCCUUGGGCACACCUAUGGGCGGGACCUCGGUGGGCGGUGCUAACCACGCCUCCAGCGGCAGUCCCAGCCCACCCUCGUGCCGGCCCCCGACCCCACCCACUGCUUCCGAUUCCCACGCUACUGGAACCGGAUGUGGCGUAGACCGGAAGAAGGCCAUAUUGGCUUUCAAACAAUCACACCGCCGUGCCCUGCCGGCUGACCGCAAGGCACGCAUUCUCAUCUCGUCCUCCGAUGAGGAGGAGGAGGAGGAUGACAACCGCUCCUCUUCCGAUACCGGGCCGGGUAGCAGCUGGCGGAGGAUCCGUAAGGAGGCUUUGAGGGAGGGGGACUUGGACCUAGUGAAGGACCUUGACAGGUUUGCGGCUCCUGUUGUUGUGAGGAGGGGAAAUCAACCGAAGUGGGAGCAAAUUCCGUACAAGGAAUUGAAGGAUUUAAGGAGGGCUGCCAAAGAUUAUGGACGUAACUCUCCAUAUUUUAAAAAUGUCUUGGACUUGAUGUUUAACGGAUAUGACCUUGUCCCCCACGACCUCAAAUACAUUGCCUCAUCCUUGUUAUCUCCCACUGAGUACAUGGUCUGGGAGGGACAUUGGAAAAAACUGCUGCGGCCUCUUGUGAAUAAAUACAACCUGCAGCAGCUCCUAGGGGAGGGCAACGAUGGUUUAGAAGCCCUCAUGGGUGAGGGUGAAUUCGAUCGCCCUGAGGAUCAAGUACUGCUACCUUUUAACUUGUUAGCAGACGUUAAGCAGGCAGGCAAAGCAGCACUGUUAAAAGUGCCGGAUGACUCCACACCUCUUCAAAGCUUUGCCUCCAUUCGCCAGGAGGAGACUGAAUCUUUUAUUAAAUUUGUUGACCGCAUGAGGGAGGCAAUUGAUAGACAGAUUGACAACCCGGACGCGAGAGGGGAACUGUUAAUAAAGAUGGUGAUGUCUAAUGCAAAUGCAGAAACAAAAAAGAUCCUGAGAGCAUUGCCCCAGGACCCUGAACCAACUAUCACCGACAUGGUAAACGCCUGCACUAGAGCCUCCUCCCUCGAAACCACUCUGACCAAGGUUGUUACUAAAGGCAUGGGGGAGGCCAUGACAACGGUAACUAAGGAAAUGGGGGAAACCAUGACCACAGUAACAAAAGAAAUUCCCCCGAGGUCCCCAGCCUUUCUUUCAGGGUCCGAGAUACACCUACAACCCGGGAAACGGAUGGCAGAGCGCGACACGGCCCCGCGCGACGACAAUAAAUGGACGGCUGCCUCGCCCAGCGCUCCCCACCAUCAGGGAGGACGAAUUCCCAACAGGGUCGUCUCUCAGACUCGAGACCUUGACAACGGGAUCCGGUUCCUCCGUCGUACCCGCAACCUCAGCAACAACACCAGGUACCUGCUCCACAGCGGUGUCACCCUCCUGCUGACCGACGAGGACCUGGUAAGAGUACCGGCGGGCUUCCUGCCCCCUCCUUAUUGUGAACAAACCACCACAGUGCUCAUCCUCGCUGACACUCGCCACACACCUGAACACAUUACAGUCACACCUGAAGUCGUCACUCUCGAGCCCAGAAAUGAGGUAACUGUUUCCAUCACUUGCAUAGAGCCGCCUUUUACCCUGCAGAAAGGGACUCCUUUUGCACAGAUGUACAUCUUAUCUGAGCAAGACCCCUGCGCUGCGGACAACGAUUACAGGGUUUUUCUAUCCCAACAUGUCACUAAAGAGAGGCCUGUACUGCCCGUCUCCAUCUCCUAUAAGGGGAAAUCGAUCAAAGUGCGGCUCAUGGCAGAUACUGGGGCAGACAUCACCAUCAUCCCCAGAUCUAUGUGGCCCAGCAACUGGGAAUUGGUGUCGCCUUGUGGGACCAUUUCAGGCGUUGGGGGGACAGUCAAUUCACUACGGAGCAAACACCAUGUAUGUGUAGAGGGACCUGAGGUGGGAUUUUUAGCAUGGGCCACUGUGGAGCGCACUACCCCGCCGCUGCGUUGGAAGACCAAUACGCCGGUGUGGGUAGACCAGUGGCCCCUUCCUCAGGAGAAACUUAAAGUGCUCACAGAAUUAGUAGAAGAACAGGUCCGCUUGGGGCAUUUAGUACCAUCCACCAGCCCGUGGAACACCCCUAUUUUUGUUAUCAAGAAGUCAGGCAAGGACAAGUGGCGCCUCCUGCAGGACUUAAGAAAAGUAAACAAUGUCAUUGAGGACAUGGGACCCCUGCAACCAGGCCUCCCCUCACCCUCCAUGCUCCCUAGGGAUUGGCCACUGGCAAUCAUUGACAUCAAAGAUUGCUUCUUCAACAUCCCCUUGCACCCGGGAGAUGCCCCCCGAUUUGCAUUUUCCGUCCCCACCACCAAUUUAGCAGAGCCCUUUAAAAGAUAUCACUGGACCACCCUUCCUCAGGGAAUGAAAUGCUCCCCUGUGCUCUGCCAGACUUUUGUAGCGCAGGUGUUGUCACCAGUCCGGAAAUUGUUUCCUGAUGCGGUCAUCCUCCACUAUAUGGACGACAUCUUAAUUUGUGCCCCAACAAAGACGUACCUGGACGCGACUCUCACCAAAACACUUUCAACCAUCAAAGACGCAGGAUUCCAGAUUGCAGCGGAAAAGAUCCAGCUCUCUGCACCUUGGAAAUACCUUGGCGUUUUGAUUACUGAGCGAACCAUCGUGCCCCAACACCUCGCUAUUAACGACGAUCCCCGGACACUCCGAGACAUGCAACAGCUUUGUGGGAUCAUCACUUGGAUUCGCCCGCUCCUGGGACUCACCAACGAAGAACUGUCACCCCUCUUCGACCUUCUCAAGACACCACCAGGAGACCCAGGAAGUCCCAAGAAAAAGAACAGCGAGCUGAGUCUUCCCUGCCCUCUGACACCUGAGGCGAGGAAGGCGCUGCAAACAGUGGCCGACGCUAUCAGGACUCGGCAGGCACACCGGGUUGAUAGCACGCUUCCGCUGAAUCUCUGCGUAUUGGGUGAGUGCCCCAGGUUUUAUGCCUUGUUAUUCCAGUGGGAUGAUAGGUUGAAGGAUCCACUCCUUAUCAUUGAUAAAACACCUAUAGCAGAUGCUGUCACUGUGUUCACCGAUGGUUCGGGAAAAUCCCACAAGUCGGUGUUCACCUGGAAGGACCUGGACACUCAGAAGUGGGAGUCUGAUGUCCAAAUUGUUGAUGGCUCCCCCCAGAUUGCAGAACUUGCUGCAGUAGUGAGAGCAUUUAAAAAAUUCCAUCAGCCAAUUAAUUUGGUCACUGAUUCCGCCUAUGUUGCCGGGAUAGCAGGACGGGCAGAGCACGCCUUGUUAAAAGAAGUCUCAAAUAAAAAAUUGUAUAGCUUGCUCUCUGAUUUAAUUUGGCUGAUCUCCCACAGAGAGCAACCUUACCACAUUUUGCACGUUAGGUCGCACACAGAGCUCCCAGGGCCCAUAGCCGAGGGCAACCGAAGAGCAGACUCUCUCGCCAUGGCUGCAUUAACAACCCCCUCAGUCCCAGACAUUUUCGCACAGGCUCGCUUGAGCCAUGCGUUUUUCCACCAGAACGCCCCUGCCCUGGCCAGACAAUUUAAAAUCUCCAAAGAACAGGCCAGAGCAAUCGUUUCCACAUGUCCAAAUUGUCAAUCCCACGCACUGCCAUCAAUAGCAGUUGGCGUGAACCCAAGGGGACUGCAGGCUACUGAACUUUGGCAAACUGACAUUACCCACUACACUCCAUUCGGACGACUAAAAUACAUCCACACCUCAAUCGACACCUUUUCAGGGGCUGUGUUUGCCUCCACUCAUACAGGGGAAAAAGCCAAAGAUGUUAUUAAACACCUUCAUAUGGCCUUUGCAACACUAGGCGUACCCAAAGCAAUUAAGACUGAUAAUGGCCCUGCUUUUACCUCUAAGCACUUUGCACUUUUUAUACAGAAUUGGGGCAUUAAACACAGCACCGGAAUCCCACACAACCCCUCAGGGCAAUCCCUAGUAGAAAGGGUCCACAAAGAAAUCAAAAAAUUAUUAGACCACCAACACUGUGUUAAUCCCUUCUUAACUCCGGCGGAGAAGUUGUGUAAAGUUCUUUUUGUAAUGAAUUUCUUAAAUUGUUCGGAUAAGGAGCCGAACCCCCCCAUUCUCCGUCAUUUUCACAACUCCACCUAUGCUCAUUUAAAAGAAAGGCCACCAGUGUUAAUCAAAGACCCUGAUUCAAAAGACAUAAAGGGACCAUAUCCCUUGGUAACCUGGGGGAGAGGGUAUGGCUGUGUUUCCACCGAGCAGGGCCCUCGAUGGAUCCCAGCAAAGUUUGUCAAGCCGUUUGUGGAAGCCUCAACUCCAGCCGCCGCGGACGCCGAAGUGCCCACCGAGACUGCACCCCCUGAUGAGAAUGCUCAGGACAGAACUGUGGCAUGGCGCAGGAGAAAAAAGAAAAUCUCUCCUCCCAACCUUGCGGCAAGAGUACUCAUUACCAGGAGAUACUUACCCACCAUGCCGGACACUGCUAUUCUCCCAUCCCCACCUAUCCCAUUCCCCUUUCCCCCUAACCUCAUUCCUAGAACCCACAAACCCCAACCCUAACCAA